GGAGUCAGUCUGACAGCUGCCAAAGAACGGGGACAGCUUGUCUUCUUGGAAGGCCUCAAGUCCUGCCUUGACCUUUGGUUUGGAGAGGAGGAGGAUCAGUCAGGACAGCCCAGUCCUCUUCAGUUUAUAAGCGAGAGUGCUUCCGACCUCAAAGCCUUGUUUGACUUUGUCCGGCUGUCCCUGACUCCUGCCAGCAGUGACUCCUGGAAGUGCCCUGUGCUGCUGGUGGAUGACCUCAGUGUCCUGCUCAGCCUGGGUGCCGCACCAGUGGCGGUGCUGGACUUCAUCCACUACUGCAGGGUUGUGGUGUGCUCCCAGCUGAAGGGGAACAUCGUGGUGCUGGUUCACAGCAACGAGGAUUCCGAAGAUGAGGAAAAUGAACUGGUUGUGAACUCCCUGUGUCAUCACAGUGACCUGAUCCUGUGGGUAGAGGGGCUAGCGACUGGCUUCUGCAAGGAUGUUCACGGGCAGAUUAAAAUAACUAGGAGAGUGUCCUUGGAGCUGACAGGGGAGCAGGAUGUCGUCCAGAUCUACCAGUAUAAGAUCCAGGACAAGAACGUCACCUUUUUUGCUAGAGGGCUGUCAGCUGCAGUCCUGUGA